AUGGCCUUCAACUUCAACUGGUCGCCUCUGGCCGCCGACGAAGACUUCUACAGGCGCGCACGCGACUUGUUGACCACAGCCCUCAACAAGCCCCCGAAACCGCCCAUCAUUGUCGAUGACAUUCUCGUGACCGAGCUCAACCUGGGCUCCGUGCCCCCCGACCUGGAGAUUCUCGAGAUUGGCGACCUCGCCGAGGAUAGGUUCCGCGGCAUUUUCAAAAUGUCCUAUUCGGGCGAUGCCUUUCUGACGUUGAAAACACGCGUCCAAGCGAACCCCCUGGCUUCGUAUCUCUACUCCAAGCCUACCUUCACGUCACCUCAGCCCUUAGCGGCUUCUUCGGGACUGACAAUUCCCCUCUCCAUCACACUGUCCGACAUUAAGCUGUCGGCGUUCAUCAUUCUCGUCUUUUCCAAGCAAAAGGGCUUGACCCUGGUGUUCCGCAAUGACCCACUUGAGUCGCUCAAGGUCUCAUCGACCUUUGACUCGAUUCAGUUUGUGCGCGAUUACCUCCAGAGGACCAUCGAGGGCCAGCUGAGGACAUUAAUGAUGGAUGAGCUGCCGGCCAUCAUCCAUCGCCUGUCGCUGCAGCUCUGGUGCCCGGACCAGGCCCAGAAGAAGGACGAGGAGGCUGCAAAGGAGCAGGCCGAUGAGACGGCUGUGGAUCCCUUUUCGAGCCCGCCUCUGGAUCCUGUUGACGCGCACGGCAACCUGCUCGAUCCCAAUGACAUUGCAUCCAUGUCCCUCGAGGGCGGCCCUGAAGUCCAGUCACUCUUCUCCCAGAAGAACCUGCUGCGCCUCGGCGCCCUCAACGACUCUCACAGGACCUUUUCGCUGUUCACCCCGAACAUCCGUGAUGUCGUAUUCCGUGCCUGGACGGGCAACGUCGUUUCUGAUUCGGCUUGUAACACGCCCCCAACGGCCACGCCGAGCCUGUCCAAGACCAACUCGUUCGCCGGCACGGCGACGGCGACGACGUACACCUUCUCCGACACGGCAAGCGCAUCGCACGGCUACCUCCCUUCGCGACCUUCUCUCGUGAGCCUCAACUCAGCCAUGUCAGGUCUUGCCAUGGGCUCCAACACGCGAUCCAAGUCGUACACGGGCCGCAAGAAGAAGACGAGAGUCGUCAACCUGAGGCGCACCAAGACGGCGCUUCCCGAAGAGAGCGAAGCAGGCGACACAAACUCCGACUCGGCGUCCGUUGCCGCCUCGUCUACAGAGCCCCUCAUGACGAGCUCCAUCUCUGAAGAGCCCGAGGAUGAGGUGUCCAUGCCUCCGACGCCGACUAGGAUGCGCUUCGACCGCACCAACGCCGACGUUCCCCGUCUGCCCACUCGCCCUCCUCUGACUCCCAACUUCUACCAGGCGCCUCCUGAGAGUGUUCCUACUGCACCCAUCGUUGCCGACAACGCUCGGGACGUGCAGCCCACGCCCAGUACCGCGCUGCGACGAGUUGAGAAGGCCCGCCGCUUCGAAGCUGAGAAUGCGCCGUCUGAGAAUCUCGAGCCCGACUGGAUCAUGAAGAUGGCCGGCGAGAUUGCCCGCCGCGUCUACGAUGAGAAGACCCGCCACCAACAGCAGGGCGGUCUCUGGGACGAGCGUGAUCCCAUGCCGCCCCCAGCGUACGAAGCCACCAACUGA